AUGAAAGACAAGUUUUUGUACUCAAAGACUUUAUACACAACACUUUCAUAUCGCUCUCCUGAAAUGGUGAACCUCUUCAUGGGAAAACCCAUUGGUCCUCCUGCAGAUAUAUGGGCCCUCGGUUGCUUACUGUACAAGCUUUGUUUCUUUGAAUUACCAUUUGGUGAAAGCACGCUUGCGAUACAGAAUGGAGAAUUUACAAUUCCUGAUGAUUCAAAAUAUUCCAAAGAUGUUCAUUGUUUAAUACGUUAUAUGUUGGAACCCAACCCAGAUAUAAGACCCGAUAUUUACCAAGUUGCACAUUUUGCAUUCGCUGCCAAAGGUUCAGCGAAUCCUGUAGAAAAUAUCAGGAAUUCCACCAUCCCCACCCAACUACCUUCACCUUUGAGUAGAAGUGAAGCAGAAGAAUUAAAAGAAGCAACCAAACUAAAGGAAGCCCAGUUGAAAGCAGGUAUGGCAUCAACUGGUGGGUUGACAGAGACCAGUAUCACACCCCGUAAAAGACCUCAAGGAAAGUUGUCACUGCCACAGCCGAGGCCACGACCCCAACCCAGCCAGGCACAAGUUAAUCGAACUGUUACUAACUCGCAACCUACUGUGAACCAAAGUAAUCAACAACAACAACAACAACAACAACUUCUUGCUCAACAACAAUUAUUAAGGCAGCAGCAAUUACAACAAGAACAACAAAAACAAGCUCAACAACAGAUGUUACAACAGCAACAACAACAGCAACAACAACAACAACAACAAAUGCAUCAACAAAUCUACAACAACAACAACAACAACAACAACAACAACAACAACAGGAACAGCAAAGGCUACAAAACACCGAAAACGUUCAAAAACCGUGAUGAAAACCAACAAUUAUUCCACGGCCAAAUACGACCUUUACAACUCCAUGUAACAACCUUAAGACAAAACAUUGCCACGCUCAACCAGCAAGCUGCUCAACAACCAGCACUACUGCAUCUUAUACAGUCAUCGCAUAUUGAAUACUCGCAGCCAAAGUUGAACCAGUUACAACAGGAAGGAAUGCAAGCAAUGCAAGAUCUGAGAUUAUUCCAAGCCAAGUUCCAGCAGAAUGAACUUGCUAUCAACCAAAUCAAACAGAUCCUUGUUCAACAAGCAAAUGGGCAACUACCAAAAGAAGCUCAACAACAACAACAACAACAACAGCAAGAUCAACAAAAUCUUCAUCAACAAAUUCUGUUGCAACAACAACAACAACAAAUACACCAAAACAUGACACAAGAUAUUGCUAUUCACCACAAUGUGUUGUGGUGUGUACAACGCACAGUAGUGAAUGUUUAUUCCUCCAUUCCAGGUCUCACAGCUUCCAUGGAAAGAAGACAAAGCUCUGGUGUCAGUGAAAAUAUAUUUGGUUUAAAAGCUGACAAACAAAAAAGUUCAAGUAGCAACAGUUUAACUCCUGAGCUUGAGGUUUGGAAUCCAUUUGAAGGAGAUAACUUCAAUGAAACACAAGACAGCGCAACUGACAAGGAAUUUGAUGAAUUCUUAACAACUAGAAACCCAAAACUUGAUAAUCGUGAAACCAAUAACAACGUGUCAGGUUCAAAAAACUUGCAAGGCGACGUUGGUGACUCAGCAAUAUCCAACGUCGCUCUAUCACAUGACCAACUUGAGAACCAGUCAGCUCCAAGCAUAGAAGAUGAGAUGUUUGGUAUGUCUGCCUUCACCAAUCCACCCAUCACUUCCACACAACAAGAUACACAGAUAGCUCACUCAGUAACAGCAGAAGGCUUGCGUGUGUUUGGUGUCGUUGGCUACACUGCAUUACAACAUAAGGAUGAAGAUGGAAACCAUGUUCCCACCACCACGGUUGAUGGUCACGACGCCUCGUCAUCGGAGCCAUCUUUCACUUCAUCCGAAGAUGAAUUCAAUGAAGAUGAACAAGGAAAUCAACAUCUUAUCGACUCCGAUCAAGAGGAAACAUCCAUGGAUAUAUUCGGAGCAAAACCUUUUGUUGUUUCAACGCAAGAGGCAUCAAUAGUUGGUGGUCAUUCAAGGACAGAAUCACUUGGUUCAGAUGUAUUUUCAAACGCUCCAUUCUCAAUAGCAACCGGUUCAAAGAACAAGGUUGAAGAAGUUGGAGUUAUAGAUGAGUUCGGCAGCACUCCAUUCACUGAAGUACCAACUGAUAUAACAGCAGAUCUACCUGAGGAGGAAGCAAGCCACAACCCGUUUGAUUCGGCUCCAUUUUCAGCGCAAGUAGUUGUGGAAAGCAAGGAAGACACGGACCUGUUCGGUUCAGCACCCUUUGUUCCAGAAGCUGAGGCAGCUGAUGCUACCGAUGGGAAACUACAAAGGAAGUCUGCUGUAAGGUACCAACAUGCAAGCAAAGUUCCAAACAUGAGUGUGGCACGAGGUUUAAGGGAACAAAAGGAAACAAAUCGACGGAAUCGUCAGCGUCGAAUUUCAAGAAGCAGCAGCAACAGUAGCAGUGGAGGAGGGAAGUCAAGGAGAUCUAAAGUUAAAGAUGUCAACAAGAAGAAUGUUGACCAACCUCAGAAUCCACAACCAACUAAAGAAAGUGAAUCGACAGACUUGUUUGGUUUUUCUCCUUUUAAACCAGGUUCAAGAUCUGACUGUGAGGUUCCAGUUCAAUGAAUACAUAGAGAUCCUAAGUGCUACCUUUAUUUUCAUUGUCAUUCCAUUUAGUAGUCAGGUUGUGGUAGUUAUCUAGGCCUUUAUGCAAGGUAUGGUGGCUUGCUACAUCAGUAACAUUGUAUAUUUAACCGCAUUUUAUUUCAUUAUAUGUUUCAUUAAGCUCAAAUUCACUAGGUUAAAAUUAAAGGCUUAUUGUUACGCCUUCUAAGUAAAAUCACAUUUCGAAAUCAUUAGGUUUAAAUUUCGAAUAUUUUGCACUUGUUUUCUGAUUUUUUAAAGAUGCUUGGUUUUUGAACCUGCCUACAGAUAUAUGAAUUCACAAAAACAGGUGGUGCAGGUAGUAGUUAACAGUGUUUGGGUCUUUCAUACCAUAGAGAGACACCAGAGUUGGCACAAUAGCAAUACACUUGUCUCCUGCUUUGCUUUCUUCAAUUUGCUCGUACCUAGAGUGUUUUUAGAUUAAUUGUGCAGGAUGAGUUAUAACUUAAGCUUCAAUAUUUCUAUCGAUAUAUAUUUUGAGAAACUGUUAAAAAAUAUAACAAAAAGGAGUUGCUUAGAAGUAUGGAAUGUCACAUCAGCUCGCAUUUUGCUGUGUUUUUCAUAUUCACAAUUCAUUGUAAAGCUUAUAAUAUCUUGUGCCAUAUUUUAUCAUGAGACAUGUGUUCAUGAAUACGCACAGAACUACUCUUUAUAAUCUUUUAUUGAAAUUGAAAUCAUGUUAAACCAUAUUUGUUUCCAGUUAUAAUCUUGUAUUCAAAUUAUGUUAAACCAUAUCUGUUUCCAGGCGGCUAGUGACUGUCAUAAUAUAAGUUAUGUACUGUACGCAACAUUUACAACACAUUAUUUUAGGCUGGUUGGUUCCACGCUGUGUUAGAAGCUUCUAUAUUAUCUUUUCACUUCAUAUGUUUGCGUAAAUCAUACUGUAUUCGUGUAAUCCAACUUUAAUUUAUAUGAAAUAGACAGAAUCCCUCUUUCA